CCCCGAGUAUAUAAUCUGGUUGCAAAGUGAGCAGGCAUUCUGAGCCUCGCACGUCGUCAAACAAACAUGAAGUUAUUAUUGAUUGUUACAGUCGUCGCAUAUUUGGCCUAUGCCAAUGCUGCUGAAAGUGACCUUGCAAAAGAGUUAGUUCGCAGUUUGUCAGAAUACACUCAAUCUGCAGGAGAAGAAAAGAAAACAAUUUCUGUUGAAGGCGAACAAAAAAUAAAACUUUCACCAAAAAGCUUUUUGGAUAUGGUCGCUCGAUGGUCGAAAUCAUCUGGAAGAUUUUUAGAAGCUUUGGAAAAAAUGAGACCGAAAUUUUACAGAAUCCUGCAAGGGAGACUGGAAUAUGAAGAUAUAAAGGACGAAAUGGAAACUCUUAUGAUGGCAGGUCACGGUCUGUAUGAAACUAUACAGAAAGAAAGUUUAGCAGCAACCCUAGACCUAUAUUUCAAUAGUGAAGGGUUUGAAGAUCCUGGUAGAUGCAAUCGAAUGCACAAAUUGAGUGAAAACUUCGAGGUGAAAAGUGAUCCACAAGAGGCAAAGUUAAGAAAUAUUGAAGCUACAGUGGUUGAUUUGGAAUGUAUGGCUAGAGAUAUGGAAGAGGAAAUUGCUUCACUAGAAGAUCAUUGCUUAAACGAAGGAAAAAUUACCAUCAAUGAUGCUCAAAGAGUAUUAUCCGGUGUUACGAGAUAUCUGACCCGUGCUGCUGUAGAUGGUAUGCGGUUUGCUGCUGCUGGGCACACGAUAAAGGGUGUUUGGAAAGAAGCAUACCCUGACCCUCCAGUACAAACACAACAACAACCAGAAAAAAAGGAGCUUAACACAUUACUCCAGAAAUUUCUUCGUACUCUUGAAAAGAAUAAGCCAUAGGCAAAAAGUGCUAUAACGCUGUAUAUUGAAGUACUUUUUCUGAUGCUUUCGUAAAUGUUAUAAGCCAAAAUUACAUGAUUGAUUGCUACUAGUGUUUCAGAAACAUCCUUUCCUUGCCCUUUCAAUAGUUUGUACAUGUAUGAUAUAUUUCAUAUAAAACAUACGUCUGUGAUCUUCAAUAAAUCUUUUCUUUGUU